AUGGUGGACUCUCCCGGUGCGAUGAAGAAGACCGUCUCGGUACCGGAGAUCAAACCGCUGGACCGGUACGACUUCAACCGGGCCAAGAUGUGCGCCAGCGUCCGGUGGCUGCUGUCGAAGGCGUACGGCUCCGCAGAUAACGUCCCCGUGGAGCUGCAGGACCCCCUUUACCAGGACCAGUAUGAGCAGGAGCACCUGAAGCCGGCCGUCUCCGAGCUGCUGCUCUCGCCGGAGGUCUACUGCAGAGCCCGGGCCCUGCUGGCGCAGGCGCACAGGGUCUCCCUGCCGGCGGCGCAGGGGCCUUUGGCGGACAACUCGGCCCUGCUGCAGUUCCUCAUUAAGAAAGGCUUCGGCCCAAAGGUCCAGGAGCAGGAGGUCACCGAGGAGGACCUCGGCUCCGCCCCCAUCAAGACGAAGGCCCACCUCGCCCUGAUGGACUCCAUGAUGGCGCUGGCGGCCCGGGAGGCGGUGGGCCGCGUCAAGAUGGCGGUGCAGGCGGAGCAGACGGGCGCCGGCGCUCCGUGGGAGAACGCUCUGCUCUUCUGGGUCAACAGGCUGAACCAGACGCUGAGGGAAACCACAGAAGAAGAAGAAGAGCCCACCAAGUCCCAGACCUGCACCGACCUGCAGACGGCCCAGGACUCGUGUCAGUCCAACCGCUGGUACUGGAAGCUGGUCCCACAUGCUAUCGCUUUUUGUUUGAAGGAGUCGGGGAAUAAGCCUCCAGUGAUCCGCUACAGGAAGGACAAGGUCCAGUCUAAGCUGACUCCCACCUUUCCUCUGGUUUCUGGGGUCAAAGAUCUUUCUAACGGCUCGGCUAUCGCUGCUGUGUUACACUUCUACUGCCCCACCCUGCUGCCUCUGGAGGAUGUGUGCCUGAAGGACACCAUGUCGGUGGCUGACAGCCUCUACAACCUGCAGCUGGUCAGGGUCUUCUGUGAGAGCCGUCUGGAGAGGUGCUGCCCCCUGGCUGUGGAGGACCUGCUCUACGCACCGCCGGUGCUGCACCUGAACAUCAUGAGCUUCGUAGCCGAGCUGCUGGAGUGGUUUGAGGUGAAGAAGCCGGAUUUCGUUCAGCCGGUCCAACCCAUCGACCUCACAGAUGUCUCGGGAUUGCUCGACUGUACGAGUCCUGUCAACGGGAACAGCAACAGUGGUUCUCCAUCCUUCAUCUUCAAACAACCCUUUGUGCCCAUCUGCUCCCCAGUGUCACCAGAAAACAAGAGUUGGACAAAGAAACAGAUCAGUCGCCCUCUGUCAGCAGUGACUUUCAGCAUCCCAUUUGGGCUGGACAGUGAUGUUGACAUUGUCAUGGGAAACCCAAUAGAUUCUGUCUUUCGCUCCGUCAGCACUGACAGCCUCACCGCCGGCAUCCCUGCAAUGACUUCCUCUGUGAUAUCGGCUGGCAUGACUUGUCACGAGGACCUCAGCCACCUGGUCAGCGCCUCUGCUCCGUCGCAGCGCUCUUCCUGGGGUCCGUACGCUCACACAACGCCACUGGGAGAGCUGCCAACCAUCGAGGAGGCGCUACAGGUGGUUCACACUCCGGGCAGCAAAGAUCGGAGGAAGGGAAGGAUAGCAGAGAAAGGUGGAAGAGGAGUGUCGGGAGGAAGGCCAGAGCCCAGGUUACGUCCGGAAGGAGCCCCUGCUGGUUUCUUCCUCCACUGCCCCGAGGAGGACAAACCCCAGCUCAGUAGUUCGGCUCCCUGCCGCCCUGGACUCCUCCACCGGCCGAUCGGUGGGGAGGUAGGUGACACUGAAAGGCAAGGAAGGGGAGCGAGGAGGGCGAGAUCGGGACACACUGCCGAUAUGUCGCGUGACGACGACUCCGUCCUACGAGAUGGCAGUGUUGACUCCUCCGAAGCGUCGGACGAUAGCCCGAGAAACGCACCCGGUAAUAUGCGUCCCAGUAACGGUCACCAGGGAAAAAACAGCACCAGCAACAGUCCACGGAUGACGACCUUUGCUGAGCGACGAGACAGCAGAAGGAGACAUCCCGCUGCUCCCGGGGAGGAGUCGGCCUCUGCUCCGACUCCGACAACGCCAGGAACUCCACAGACUCCCUCCACCCCAGCAGGGGCACCUGGCCACCAGGACAGCCCCGGGCCCAGAGGCCCUGAACUGGGCUCGAAGUCAUCCGAGUUGGGGGCUCGUCUGGAGGAAAAACGCAAAAGCAUUGAAGCCCAAAAAAGACGCAUUGAAGCCAUCUUCGCCAAGCACAGACAGAGGCUCGGAAAAACUGCUUUCCUUCAACUGAAAAGAGAGCAAGGAGAGGGAGGAGGGGAGGGAGCAGAGGGAGAUACUCUCAGCCUGGAGGAACGUCUCACUUGCAUGGAGGAGCAACUAAAACAGGAGGAGGAGAAAGAAAAGGAUGGAGAGAAAGAGAAAGAAAAGCCAUCUGUUCCUAUUGCCCGUCGGUUAGAGAAGCAGGUCACUUUCUCUAUCGAAAGUAAGAAAGGGGCAGAAAAAGAGAAAGGAGGUGAAGCCGUCUUUGUGGAGUACAAUGAAGUGGUUCAGAAACUGAGUGACGCUCUGCAGUCACUUCAAAACGACAUGCAGAAACUUACAGAACAGCAACAGCAGCUCAUGAGUAAUCAAAGACCCAUAAAUACACCCCAAACCACUCCUAAAUCAACCCCUAGAAGUGCUGCCAAAACGCCUCCUCACACCCCAACAAAGACCCCACCGAGAACCCCGACCAAGACUUCUACGAGGAGUAAAGCUCUGGUGAUCCCUGGUCCCAGUGGCCCUGCGGCCUCCUCCCCGUCACGACGUUCGCUCCUUCAUUCUUCUUCAACCUCACCAAAGACUAUCAUUUCCUCUUCCUGCCCGACUCCCCGCACAAAGAUCCACUCCUCCUCCACUCCCCGCAGCCCCAACCACCACCCGCGUGCCCAGCAUCCGCCUCACCCACGGCCUUCCGAACUCAAGUUCCCCCCACUCAACCGCGCCUUGGCACCGACCCACAACGUGGACACUCUCCCCCACUUACGCCGCGUGUCACCUAGCAAGUGUCAGGUUCAGACUUCCUCCUCUUUUCGGAUCAGUGGGCUACGGACUCCUCAAGAGAAUCCUCAGGCUACCCAGCAGCCCCAGCCUGAUGGGAACACCUCGGACUCAGCGUCGAGCGAGACGCCAACUCAGUUCAGCUUGGAGCUGGAGGACAUGGAAGCCGUAGGAGGGCUGCCGGUUUUCCCACAGCCCGGACAAGACCGUCCGACGGCUGCUGGUGGGAGCAGCUCUGGCGCUCCUUCCGAGUGCUCCUUUGGGAGCGAGACUUUGUCUCUUUCUGCUGCGUUCAGCACAGGAGGUGAAGACGGGAGAGGUGGAGGUAGAGGGAAGCACUGCAGCCUGAUUGAGGCCUCACUGUGUUCUCUUGGAGGGCCAGAGGGCAGUGAUGUACCAACUGAUGAAGGGCAGGAGUUUUCCUCUGAUUCCAUGAGCGACCACACAGAAUCUGCGGUGGAACCUGUUACAGGACUCGAUGCAGAACCUUUAGACCGUAUAGAGCAGCUGGAUCUGGCAACAAGAGCCGUCAAUUUGCCAGAACAACAAACCGAACGAGAACAGACGAGACAGACAGAACCUCAGGAACCGAGUGGAGAGCAGAACGAGCCCGGUGCUAGAGGAGGAAUUGGCUUCUUCUUUCAGGGGGAGGUGCAUAGUGAAGAGGAGAUGGCCCAGCGUAGAGCUUUGCUGUUGGAAAAACAGCAGAAGAGAGCUGAGGAGUUGAAGAAGAGGAGACAGUGGAAUGAGCAAGAAAGGGAAAACAGACCAGCAUCUCCCUUCAAUACACCUCCUGCAGGAAUGACCUCACCUUCCCCCACACCUCCUGCUACACCAGGCCGGCGGGGAAAUUUCACGCGAGUGGAGUAUGCACGGCGGCAUCAACUCAGGAUCAUGGAGGACUUGGACAAAGUGCUUCGGCAGAAAUUAACUAAUCAAGGACGAUCUUCCGCCAAGAAAACCCGCUCACGUCCUCGCAGCAUGACGAGGGAGGAAACCCAGCUGUCUCUGAGUCCAGCCAAGAGCACAGCUGGCUCCAAGUUGACCAAAGUCUACUCUAACUCCUCCCUCAACCUGACAGCAACGGAUGAGCCAGGAAAGAGAUGUGAUGACCUCCUUAAGAAACCCAACAGCCGUCCUAGUUCACCUUCGGGAUGUGCGACACCAAGUAAACUGGCAACUCAGAACGGAGAUCCAGACUCAGAGACUGGUUCCAAUGGAACCUCGCCCGCCCCAGAAUACACAGGUCCAAAACUCUUCAAAGAACCAAGCUCUAAGUCCAACAAGUUCAUCAUCCACAACGCUCUGUCUCGCUGCUGCCUCGCUGGGAAGGUCAACGAGACCCAGAAGAACAAGAUCGUUGAGGAGAUGGAGAAGAGUCCUGCCAACCACUUCCUCAUCCUCUUCCGUGAUUCCAGCUGCCAGUUCAGGGGCGUUUACACCAUAAACGCCGACUCCCAGGAGCUUGUGCGAUUGGCUGGCGUGGGGCCGCGGACGAUUGGCUCCGCCCAGGUGGAGUCCAUCUUCAAAUACAGUUCAGACAGGAAGCAGUUUAGUGCCAUACCCUCCAAAACCAUGGGCAUGAGUGUGGACGCCUUCACCAUCCCCGGCCAUCUUUGGCAUGGAGGAGGCACGGCAGGAGGAGGAGCAGGCCGGAGGGCAAGCGUCACUAAGAAGGCAGUCAUUUCUAAGUGAGAGAAGACGCCAUGCAAGAAAACACAAGAAUCACACUGAAAAUGUCACCCAGAUUAGCCUUCAGCCAUGUGUGUGCCAUCGGAUUUACUACAAAAUGUUUGAAAAUGAAAAUGUUAAGAGCACACCUUUCUUUACCUAAACUCACCACCCAGAGUGUGCAGGGGGGUGUUUUGUAAAAGGUUAAGUCAACUGCACAAGAAAGAGGUACUUUUAAAAAGUCUCAGUACUUUAUUUGAAGUACAAACUCCAAAACAUUGUCUCUCAGCUCCUCCUCAAGGAGAACAUGUUUUAUACGCCUUCUGGUCUCAGAAGGGUUUAAUUCCACCAACAGCUGUCAGUCGGUGGAUCGAAGCACAUUUAGAUUGCAGAAUGAAAAAUAGCCAUAAUCCAAGAGAAGAAACAGGUAUUUACUGUGUGUGGUCUCAAAAUAAUACCACAGAGUAAAGGUAUGAUCAUCAGAUCAAUUAAAACUGAGCUAAUGGUGUAUUGAUGAUGAUGAUGAUGAUGAUGAUGAUGAUGACGAUGAUGAUGACGAUGAUGA